AUGUUCAAAGCAUUUAUAGCAUUAUUAAUAUUGUUAAUUGUGUGCUGGGUAAUACAGCUACUACCAGUAAUAGCGGUUCCCUUCACGACACCUGAUGCAAACAUCUAUUUAUCAUAUUAUAACAAUUACAAAUUUGGAGUAUUUGGGAUAUGUAAUGUUGAACGACAUAUAUGCUCAAAACCAAGUAUUGGAUAUCCUUCCACUAAUAGCACAUUUUAUGCAUAUGACAACGAUGAAUCUUUUGGAACUGGUGGUAUUGUCUUGCCAUCAGAUGUACGAUAUACAAUUUCCAAGUUAUUAGUGGUUCAUGUUGUUGCCUUUUGCUUUUCGAGCUUAUUGUUGAUAGUUAUUUUUGGGCUAAUCAUAAUACUAUUUUUCAAAUACAUUAAGACUAAGAAGGACCUAGAAGGUAUACAACUCAACGAUAGUCUGCAUGAAAUAACCAUACACUCUGACGAAGAAGAUAACAACAACAACAACAUUGACAAUACAAAUCAUAAUAACAAAAGGGCAAGCGUAACCAUUAAUAAAACAAUAUUUGAUUUAACUCCUUUUUUAAAUCUAAUGUUAGUGUUUACUUUUUUUUCAGUGUUAACUACGUUGUUGGCUUUUUUAGCUGAUAUUUUAUUGUUUACCCCGAACUUGUCAUACCUUGGAUGGCUUCAAUUAAUACCGAUUGUGCUGAUGGCUUUAGUCACAUCGAUGUUGUGUUUCAUCAAGCGAUCAAUUUCUUCAAGAAAGUUUUUUGAAAGUGAAUAUCGAUAUGCUAAUGAUGAUAUGAGAAUAAUGAGAAAAACUUAUGUUGAUGAGUUUUGGAACGAUAAUGCCAGUGACGAUGGAUUCUAUGUUUACACAGAUGGAUUUUACACUAGAAAUGGCGACAAUGUCCAGCAACCUACUUCCAAUACAGCUGGAUCACUACUAUCUGAGCACCACGAUGUCAGCAUUGUAGAACCAAGAACUUUCCUUGACACUGAUGAUUCUAGACGUGGAAGCAGUCCACAUGAGUUCAUAGAAUUACAAAAUUUACGACCAGUAUAA